CUGUAAAUCCCUCAUCAUCGUCCAAUACAUCGAUGAGGUCUAGAUGGAUGGAUCACCAUUGAUGCCCAAAGAUCCUUACCAACGGGCCAAUGCCAGGUUGUGGGCUAACUACAUAGACAAGAAGAUAUAUCCAAGUGCAUCAGGAAUAUUGAGGAAUAAAGGCGAAGCUCAGGAAGCAUCAAAGAAAGAAUUUAUUGAGUGCUUGAAAUUGUUGGAAGGCAAGCUCAAAGAGAAGCCAUUUUUCGGGAAUGAUACCUUUGGGUUGGUGGAUAUUAUCCUCAUUCCCUUUUCUAGUUGGUUUGACUUGUUUAAGACUUAUGGGUAUUUCAAUGUGGAGGAGGAAUGCCUGACACUGAUGAGGUGGGUGAAGAGUUGCUUGGAGAGGGAGAGUGUGUCGAAGACUCUUCCAGACCCACACAAGCUCUAUGACUUUGUGGAGUCCAUGAGGAAGAAUUUGAGAAUCAAUAGGAGUGGAAGAUUAAAACAAGAGUGGAAGGCUUUUAUGAAAUAGCAUUUGAGAUGGAGACUUGUUUUACCUCUAUAUCUUUGGUUAUUGUUGUUGUUGGUUUUUUUUUUUUUUUCAUCCAUCCAUUUAAUAAGUGAUGAUCAAAAGGUUCUUGUUUAGAGAACCUUUGGUUCAUGUUAUUCUGUGUAAUAGAAAUAAUUAGAGUUUGGAUUUCAAGGAUGAGGAAUCUAUUUAUAUUUACAUUUAGCACAUUGCCAUCCAUAGAAGAUAAUAUUCAAAAUAGAGAUGUGUUUUUCCUCUAUUUUUUUGUUGUCUGUUUUGUUUUCAUAUUCAUGGUAUGUAUUAAAGAUAUUAAGAGGUUUGAUUAUAGUGAUAACAUAUUGCCCUUUA